AUGGUGGAGAGGUCGAAACGAUUCUCACAGUUUCAGGAGGUAACAGGUUGUUCCGUAGAGGGCCAAGCACAUAGAGUCCAUGGCUGCCUCGAAGACAGCGGAACUGCUGACAAACGCUCUUUGGAGAAGUUGGCUGGUAUGUCCCAAUCCUCACAGAUAGUUGAAGACCAGAAUUGUUCUGCCAUUUGUCGAAUAAUGAAAAGAGUAGUAUCGUUUUAUCAUAACCUGUCUUGUAAAACUCCAGCUUUUGAUGACAUGGAUUCAAAUACUGCCAAUGGCGAGGUUUCCUCUGGUUACAUUUGGACCGGUGAAGUUCCCCCUCGCAACUACAGUAAUCCCACGUUUUCAAGCAAAAUAUUUGUGGGUGGAGGUUGGUACCGUUCUGGCUGUUUAAACAUUCUUUCUUGCCAUGGAACAUUACUGAGACGGUAUGAGCGCGAGAUAUACUUGUAUGAUGUGACAGGAUACGUCUACAUGAUAUUUGAGACGGAACGAUCAGUGAAAUCGCUGCUACAAGAUUGUUCUCAGGAGUUCGGCUCUGCUGGUGAAUGGUACUUCACGUUAAAGGCACGUCGUAAUCAGUCCAUUGAAUUCCGCCAGGUGCAAAUUAUUCCGUGGGUGGUCUCCGAUUCUUCCUAUUUUGAUGAUCCCAACUGUCGUUUAGAUCCAACGAAAACGGUGUUUGUAGGAGCACUACAUGGAAUGAUCACUGCUCAAGUAUUGUUUUCUAUCAUGAAUGACCUCUAUGAUGACGUAGUCUUUGCCGGGAUAGACACUGAUAAACACAAAUAUCCGAUCGGGAGUGGCCGCGUUACGUUCCGUUCUCAUUCUUCCUAUUUUCACGCUAUUGAGUCGGCUUUUCUUGAAAUACGGACGAGUAAAUUCUGCAAAAAGGUGCAAAUUGAUCCGUUUCUUGAAGACGCAUGGUGCAUGGUCUGUUGUAAAGCUCACGGUCCGUAUUUUUGUCGAGACCGUACAUGCUUCCGGUAUUAUUGUGGCGCAUGUUGGCAGGCAAGUCGUGUGAUUUCAAAGUGUUUUACUGUCACAUGCUCCGGUGGUAACUACGCAAAUCACCGUCCUCUGAUGCGUCACACUCCUCGUUCGAUGACACUGCGUAAUGAUGCUUAUGAGAAUAAUGCCGGAACAUAUAUUGUACCAACUCUCCAGCGUUAUCUAUCAGUACCAACUAAUGUGCCUGUGGCGCCACUUGGCGGAUUGGCAGCAGUCGCCGCCGUCGCUCGCGGCACAGUACCACGUCAGCAGCACCACGCCUAUCAGUACAUGCAACUAGCUCCUCCAUAUCCAGCCACGGUCUACAGCUCAACAAUGCUGCAGCGUCAGUGUCACGUUAGUCCAAGUGCUGCGUCAACUCCACUUAUUUCGGGGAUUAACCAUCCAUAUCCUAUCAGCACUUCCUCACCGUAUAUUCACCAACGUCUUUACUAG